CUUAUAUGUAGCCAAGCCACAACUAUUCCCAUAUACACUAACUUAAAAGUUUUCAGAAAGACCAAGUGCAACCAUCCAUCCAUAAACCACUUUAGAGAUCGAGAAAUGAAGUUCCAAAUGCUUGCAUUAUUCUUCUUCUUCAUUCUCCUAUGUUCUCAAUUCACAUCCAAUCUUGCUCUUGAAUCCAAAGCGGAGAAAGACAUUAUUGACAUGAAUGGGGGUAGUCAUAGUAGAAAAGAAGGCUUGAAACAGGAAGAAUUAGUCGUGUCGAAGGCCACUGGUGGUAGGGGUUCAAGUGGUGGUCAGAACAACCGUCCUUCCGAUACUAAGAAAAACAAAGCAACAUCAAUGCUCAUAAGAUCAUCACCUUCAAACAUUAUUAUUAUUGGGGCUGUUUUCUUAAGUAUGAUCCUUGUUUUAAACUUCUAAGAUCAUGGAUAUACACAAUCCCCAAUAUUAUUUGUGUUGUAUUUUUCAUAUUGUUAAUUUCCAUGCAGUUUAUUUUAUGUACUAGCUAGAUUUCUUUUAA